AAAGGCUAUACAAUCUUCUCUUUUUCAACAAAAGGAAAAAAUAUCACAAAGAUUAAAAUUUGGUUUUCAUGUGCUUACUCAACAAGGUGGCGCACCAAAGAGGUUCAAGUCAGCACGCCAGGUUUCCUCAUGGCGGCGGUGGUGAAGAGGAUGAACAACAAGAAUAUUCCCAGUUGUCUCAAAUCCAAGAACUGAGCCAGCCGAUGAUGUUUUCCGGGCAACAACAAGGACAAUCAACGGAGAUGUCUGCAAUGGUAUCUGUCCUCCCGCAUGUCGUGUCGGGGCAACAGAGGGCAUUUUCUGAUUGGGGUUACGGUGCUAACGUAGCGGGCAAGGUGUCGUCUGGUUUUGCACACAGCAGCUCAUCGGCUGAUUCUCCUUCCGGUUCUGGCUCGACUUCGGGUCUACGGAUAAGUCAAAAACGAGGGCGUGAAGAUGAGACUAGCGUUCAAUUCAUUGAGUCUGCACCAACAAGUGGGAUUCAGAGAAGUUUUGCUGAUUUUAGAGGCGAUUCAGCAUCAUCUGCUGCAACUUCUGUUUGUGAUGAAACUCGGAGCAUUGUUGUUGCAGCAGCAGCAUCCCAUGAAGAAACCGGGGAGCGAAGAAGAAAAUAUAGAGGCGUAAGGCAAAGGCCAUGGGGGAAAUGGGCUGCAGAAAUACGCGAUCCUCACAAAGCAGCAAGAGUUUGGCUCGGCACCUUUGAUACUGCAGAAGCCGCCGCAAGAGCCUAUGAUGAAGCCGCUUUGAGAUUCAGGGGAAACAGGGCCAAAUUAAAUUUUCCCGAACUUGUCAGGGCCGUUCCUCAACCAAUGCCUAAUUUUCCCGCCACCCAAACACCGGUUUCCAGUUCUCUAACGACCCAUUUCCAACCGUCUCAUUCUUCACUAUUGCCGUCGUUUUACCAAGCUCUCCAGAGCUCCACCGCUGAUAUGCUGAGAGAUUAUUGGCAGUACUCUCAGCUGCUACAGAGUUCCGCCGGUGUCCAUGAGCAACAAGAUACGAGCUCGAUGGAACAGAUGAUUCAAUCCUCUCAAUUACCCAAUAUUCAACAACCACUCUUAUCUUCUUCUUUUUCACCUUUCCCUUCUUCAUUUCUAGCUUCUACUUCUUCUGCUUGCGGCUCUUCAUCUUCUUCCUCUGCUUAUUUUCCCCUGUUUUUCGCCGAGCAACAACAGAUGGACAUUUUGAGGCAGCCGUCCGAUCAAACUGAGGUAAGUAGGUCAGAUUUCUCAGUGCCACCGAGUUCUCAUCCCGAUCACUAUCCUUCAUCCACCGGUGCAUAGUAAUCCCUUUGUUUUACAACAUAAAAAAAAUAUCAUUUGAAUCCAAAUCUUGUCCCCUUUUUCCCAUUUAGCUUUAGAUUUGAUUAGAAUUAAAAGAAAAAGACAAGAGGAAUAUGAAAAGCUUAAGAGGGGGAAUACAAACAAAGAGACAUUUAGACGUAUUAGCUUGGUUCUCGAAAGGGAUUUGAUGUUUGCUUUCUCUCAAUUAUCGAACAAAAGAUGUAGAAAGAAAUCGAACAUUCUUUUUUUCCCAAGCCGUCUUCGUUAAGAAUGUACUUUUUUUUU